GUUUGCCAGGUCUCCAAGGUCCUGCUGGUCUCCCCGGAGCCCCAGGCAUCUCCUUGCCCUCAGUCAUAGCAGGACAGCCUCGUGACCCCGGGCGCCCAGGCCUAGAUGGAGAACGAGGCCGCCCAGGCCUUCCAGGACCUCCAGGUCCUCCUGGGCCAUCCUCAGACCAAGGCGACUCUGGAGAUCCUGGCUUCCCUGGAAUUCCAGGCCUUCAAGGGCUCAAGGGAAACCAAGGACUUCCGGGUUUCUCUGGCCUCUCUGGUGAUCUAGGGCUGAAAGGCAUAAAAGGGGAGCCUGGCCUUAUGGGGACUCCUGGCAAGGUCGGGCCACCAGGAGACCCGGGAUUUCCUGGGAUGAAGGGGAAGGCGGGGCCAAGAGGCUUUUCCGGCCCCCAGGGUGCUCCAGGACACACACCAAUUUCUGAAGCUAUCCAGGUUCCUCCAGGGCCUCCGGGUCUUCCAGGCAUUGAUGGCAUCCCUGGCCUCGCUGGAGAACCUGGGCCUCAAGGUUCUGUGGGUCUGCAAGGUUCUAAAGGUCUCCCUGGCAUCCCUGGCAAGGAUGGGCCCAGUGGGCUUCCAGGCCCACCUGGAGUCCUUGGUGAUCCUCUUCUCCCAGGACUACAAGGACCUCCAGGAUUUGAAGGAGCUCCAGGGCAACAGGGUCCCUUUGGGAGGCCUGGGAUGCCUGGGCACAAUGUGAGAGUGGGCUACACACUGGUCAAACACAGUCAGUCAGAACAGGUGCCACUGUGCCCAGUCGGGAUGAGCCGGCUGUGGGUGGGUUACAGCUUGCUGUUCGUGGAGGGGCAGGAGAAAGCCCAUAACCAGGACCUGGGAUUUGCUGGCUCCUGCCUGCCCCGAUUCAGCACCAUGCCCUUCGUCUACUGCAACAUCAAUGAAGUGUGCCACUAUGCCAGACGCAAUGACAAAUCCUACUGGCUCUCUACUACUGCCCCCAUUCCCAUGAUGCCUGUGGGCCAGACCCAGAUUCCCCAGUACAUCAGCCGCUGCUCUGUAUGUGAGGCACCGUCACAAGCCAUUGCUGUGCACAGCCAAGACAUCACCAUCCCCCAAUGCCCUUUGGGCUGGCGCAGCCUCUGGAUCGGUUACUCCUUCCUUAUGCACACUGCUGCUGGAGCUGAGGGUGGAGGUCAGUCCCUAGUCUCCCCUGGCUCCUGCCUCGAGGACUUUCGGGCUACCCCUUUCAUUGAGUGCAGCGGCGCCCGUGGUACCUGCCACUAUUUUGCCAACAAGUACAGUUUCUGGCUGACGACUGUGGAGGAGAGACGGCAAUUUCGGGAAGAGCCUGUUUCUGAGACACUGAAAACUGGGCAGCUCCACACCAGGGUCCCCAGCUGCCAGGUGUGUAUGAAAAAUCUGUAGGGGCUGCCAGUCAUGUAGCCCCUGCC